GUUUGGCACUGAAAUGUAUGAGAAGCGCUAUGUCCUACAUAGAAGCUGGCUUCAAAAACUGGUUUGGCUUCACAAAAGAUAUUUCUACUAUACAACAAUACUUAGCUUUCAUUAGUUGUUUCGGCAGCUGUGAAUCUACCAAAAGUGAGAUGAAAGAAAGCAUUUUGAAAUUGGUGAUUGAUUCUUAUAAUGUGCUUAGUGAUAGCAAAUCAUCUAAUACAACUUUAAAAUACUUUUCGCUGAUGCUUGUAAGCUGGGUAGCUGAAUAUAAUUGUUCCCAAUACAAGGAAUGCAGUUCAGUGUCAUCGAAUGGAAUAAUAGCUAAAAAUCAUAAAUCGUUUGUUGAGAAUAUGGUGAAGGAACAACGAAUCAAUACAGUUUUUCAAGGGGAAGAAUCAAAACCUUGCUACGAUUCGAAGAUGUUGUCCAGCUGUGUACUAGCUGGAUGGAAAUUACUGCACAGCUAUUUAGAAGCAUUCGACUCGUCAGUAACUCAAAUCAAGUCCCUCAUUCAAAUAGAUCAGCUCAUUGAUGUAGGACUUGAAGCAACUCAGAUCGGAGGUAAAGAUGUUCUAGCUGAAGUAAACAGAGUAUUUGGAGUUCUCCUACCAGAGUACAUCAAUGAGUUGGAGACGGAAACUCUUUCCAAAUUCAUAUGUACCACUUGGAAAGCAUGCUUCGAGCUUAGAAAAAAUGAAUUGUUCUGGAUCAUUUUCAAAUCUUGGAUUAAAAUGUUUUAUCAAAACCGGCUACUGAAAGAUGAGAAGUGCAACACAUUGCAAAUUGAGUAUGCGAAUAAUAUUCUAGAGCUCGGUGAAACCGUGGGUGGAUUGAGUAAUUGCCUUUUCAAGCACCUGAAUGAAGAGAUUGACACACCCGAGGCACUCAAUAAACUUCCAAACGAUCUUUUGGUGAAAGCUCUGGUCUUUGGUCCUGUGCACAGGAAGGAUUUGAGGAUCGAGAGCGAAGUCUGCAAUUUUAUAAAAUCCAAAGAUGGUGAUUACUCGAUCAACAUUCUUAAACCACUCACCGGUGACCGAGACGACUGUGAGGUCCGAUUGUACGUACUGAAUAUGAUUCUGAAUGUGUGUAGUGGGAAAAAUGGAGAGAUCACUUCGCCAAGAACACUGAUCUCUGUAAUGGAAAGUCUGAUAGAAGAGGAUUCUAGAAUAAGUGAGAAGAAGAAACGGUAUUAUGGAGAUUCACAUCAUCAUAGGGUCAAAAACAGGAUUGUGCAAGUGCUCCUAGUUCUAGAACAUGUUUUGUUCAAAUCCGAAUCAUCGUCUUCUUCAGAGGUGUUUUAUGAGAAACUUCUGGAUUGGCUGUCGGACAACUUAUCAAGAGAGAGUCAUCAACCCAGUAUUCGCUAUCAGCUUCAAUGGCUGUUUGUACGCUGCUUGCUCCACAAACCAUCUCACCUUCCAAAAUUCUGGAUUAUGUUUGAAAAGGGUAGCGAGGAAAGAGCAGGAUGUGUUUGCUCGUACAUAUCAAUCGCCUACCAUUUGGCCGCUGUACUGAAGGAUGAUGAAUUCAGUAGUCGAUGCGUUCAAGAAAUUCUUCCCUGGUGUAUGGCUCAGCAUUUCAACGUCAGAAUGUAUGCUCAAUUUGUUCUGAGCAAGUUAUGGUCGAUAAAUGAAGCAAGUGGCUGGGGAGAGGAGCACAGAGUUGUAAGAACAUCACUUGUGAGAAGUCUCUCCAAAGGAAGCGCCAUCAAAAACUUACCAAAAUUGGAGUGUGAUUUCUACUUCUCCAAUUUUCAUCCAAUGAAACAUUUUUCGUUGAAGUCUAUUUUUAUCGAAUUACCACGCUUAUCGAGUGUGACUCGAGACGAGUGGUGUUCUGAAAUGGUGUUGGAAAACUGUUUGCACUCGAGUCGAGAUUUGAUUGAUCUAGAUGACCCAAUCACUGUUUCUGAUGCGAUCAAAUCACUAGCUGACUGUGAACCUGCCACUUGGACUUUCAAAACUAGAGAAUCAGCAGAAUGUGCCAGUGAAACGGACAUCAUCCAGAAAAAGUUUGUGCCUUGGCGAGACAUGCUGGCAGACGAAGAGAGCAACAUUCCAUCAGACCAGAAGCGAGAGAGAGAAGGCCUGAUAGUGGUGGCCUCGCUCAUAGACCGGCCUCCGAAUCUGGGCGGUCUGUCCAGAACCUGCGAGGUGUUCGGGGUUUCCGAGCUUGUCCUCAACAGUCUCCACUACCUCACCGACAAACAAUUCACCAGCCUGUCGAUGUCGUCAGAGAAACACGUUAAUAUUACCGAAGUGAAGGAAUACCAUAUGGCGGACUACAUUCAGAAGAUGAAGCGGGCCGGGUUUACUAUCGUUGGGGCCGAACAGACGCCCGCCAGUGUGCAACUUACACAGUUCAAGUUUCCUUGCAACACUGUGCUCAUAUUGGGCAACGAGAAAGAGGGCAUUCCUGCCAAUAUGUUGCCGCUUUUGGAUGCUUGCAUUGUAGUGCCGCAUUCAGUCUAUUUUAUCGAAUUACCACGCUUAUCGAGUGUGACUCGAGACGAGUGGUGUUCUGAAAUGGUGUUGGAAAACUGUUUGCACUCGAGUCGAGAUUUGAUUGAUCUAGAUGACCCGAUCACUGCUUCUGAUGCGAUCAAAUCACUAGCUGACUGUGAACCUGCCACUUGGACUUUCAAAACUAGAGAAUCAGCAGAAUGUGCCAGUGAAACGGACAUCAUCCAGAAAAAGUUUGUGCCGUGGCGAGACAUGCUGGCAGACGAAGAGAGCAACAUACCAUCAGACCAGAAGCGAGAGAGAGAAGGCCUGAUAGUUGUGGCCUCGCUCAUAGACCGGCCUCCGAAUCUGGGCGGUCUAUCCAGAACCUGCGAGGUGUUCGGGGUUUCCGAGCUUGUCCUCAACAGUCUCCACUACCUCACCGACAAACAAUUCACCAGCCUGUCGAUGUCGUCAGAGAAACACGUUAAUAUUACCGAAGUGAAGGAAUACCAUAUGGCGGACUACAUUCAGAAGAUGAAGCGGGCCGGGUUUACUAUCGUUGGAGCCGAACAGACGCCCGCCAGUGUGCAACUUACACAGUUCAAGUUUCCUUGCAACACUGUGCUCAUAUUGGGCAACGAGAAAGAGGGCAUUCCUGCCAAUAUGCUGCCGCUUUUGGAUGCUUGCAUUGUAGUGCCGCAGUACGGUCUAGUCAGGUCACUCAACGUGCAUGUUACCGGUGCUCUUUUUAUAUGGGAAUAUGCUAAACAAUAUAAGUAAUACUAUGCCA